UAUUUCUUCAUAAAAAAAUCCCGAAAUCUCGCGCUGAAUACUGAAGAUAUAUUUGAAUCUCUGUAAUAUCGACGUAACUUUUAACAGUUUGGCACAUCAACGCCCUCGAUAUUAAUGACGAUAUUUUUCAUCUUGUCUCCAUGAAUUUCUUCAACGCGUUUGAAGAUUCAUUGGAUUACUAUGAUUGGCUACAAUAAUGUCUUUAAUGUUUAGGCAUAGGCGAUAACGUCGAUUAAUUGCACUCGGCACAUUUGUAUCAAGUCAUCGAUCUUGAUGAAAGUCAUUUCGACAUUUUUGCAAAAGACGAAAAAUAUGACGUUUGAUCAAAGACUCGAUGCAUCGAGGUUACGUUGCCACUGAAGGACAACGUAAACAGAGGUAAAAAAAUGAGGAAAAAUACCUCGAUACGUUACUUACGCGUGAUCGUGACGCGUGUAGUUUGAUAAUUCGAUCUCCGUUAUCAGUCCUGGGACAAGAUCGCAUAAUGAUGGUUUGAUAAAAAAGAAUCUCGUGGAUCUUGGCAUAUGAUCGUUCGACCAUAUUCGAUGCACAGCGCGAUAUUGUUUCGCGUUACGAGAACGUUGAUUGCGCGAGACUUCAUAGUUUUCCUCUCGCACAGCACGCGUAUCGGACAAUUGAGCACAUUGCACGCCGCGAUGACCCAACAAAUCUUCAAUGGUCAUAGCGAUCACUAUAAUGGUAUUACGGUCGACUCGGUUGAAGAGGCCUGCGACAGUAAAGUAUUCACGCAGCGUCUUAAAGAUUCUUUAAAACAAUGGACAAAAGACAACAAACGUACUAUAUGGUUUCGUGUACACAUACCACAUACUGAGUGGGUUCCGAUAUUAACAGGACAUGGAUUUGUCUUCCAUCAUGCAAGAGAAGAAUAUGUCAUGUUGUAUCGUUGGUUGCCAACCAACGAGGACUGUAAUGUGCCAAAAUAUGCACAUACAAUUCUAGGUGUUGGUGCAUUUGUAUUCAACAAGGACACUGAUGAAAUUCUUGUUAUUAAAGAAAAAUAUCUUCUGAAAAAUGCUUCUGUUAAAGCAAGUUGGAAACUUCCAGGUGGCUACGUGGAACCAGGUGAAAAUAUUGAGGCAGCAGCUAAGAGAGAAGUUCUGGAAGAAACGGGAAUUCAGACCAACUUCAAAUGUUUAAUAUCUUUUAGACAUGGACACGAUUACUCCUUUGGAUGCUCGGAUAUAUAUAUGAUCGCAUAUUUAACACCUCAGAAUUUUGAAAUUGAAAAAUGUAAACGAGAGAUCUUGGAAUGUCAAUGGAUGAAGGUAAAUGAAUUCAUGCAACAUUCAGAAGUACAUGCAAAUAAUAAAAUUUUAGCAACAAAAACAAUAGAGUUUCUCCGCCAUCAAAUGGGCAUGGUAGCAAAUUAUGGAGUACAUCCCAUUACUAAAAAGCAGAUAUGUGUAUAUAGUGUAGAAAAUACAAACGUUGAAAGUUCGUCUGUGGAAUAAACCUUUUAUAGAAAAAAACUAUAUAUUAUUUAGAAUGAUAGUAGACAUUUUAGUAGCAAUAGUGUGCAACGGAAAAUGUAUAAAAAAUAAAAAUUUUUUUGUUACUGAAGUUACUAUAAAAAUAUAUAAAAUAAUGAUAGAUGAUAUAAUUGAAUAGUGAUAUUAAAUUAUUAAAUAAUAUUUUAAAUAAAAGACUAAAUUUUCUAACAAAUUAUAUUAAUUUCAACAAAACUUAUCUUAUAUAUCACAUAUAUCACAAAUUAAGAACUGAGUCCUUCAUAUUAUAUAAAUAUUUUGACUAUCUCGUAAUCAUUGUUCAUGUGAUAUGUAGUAAACAAAUUGCUCUAAAUUUUAUGUUACCCAAGUAUGUAAUUUUGAUUAUUUUUAUAAAAUAAUACUUAUAUGUCACAGCAUGCUGUUAUAAUCAUUUAAUUUAUAAUAAUGAAAAUAUGUAAAUAUAUUUGCGUAUGACGCAAAUUUCAAAUGCGUAUUGUCAUAGCUAUGAACUUAGAUUUUUAUAUGAAACGAAUGAUGAACGAUAUAAGAAGAAUUGUAAACAUAAUUUUCUUCCAAUUAUUGUACAUUAUAAAUAUAAUUUCUGCCGCGCG